UCUGGAAGUCGAGUCAGCUCUGUUGUGAAAGAAAAAGAGCGUCAACUGUCUCAAGAUGUGAAAGUGAUUUUGACCAUGUGUCCCUUUUCUCCACUUCUUUUCUGCCCUCCAGAAAAAGGAUGGAGCAACAAAGCAGAGGGCCUGUGCGUGCCAGGCGGCUACGGGUAUCAUAAAGGAGUUUGGUAUCUUUGCAGCACCAGCUUGGCAAAGGAGUUGACUACAGAAUGAGGCUCAAGUCCACUUCCUAACAGUUUGGCGAGAGUCUGCCCAGUGAGUUGCAACCCCUUUUACCAGGAAGAAUCUUCUUUCCUUUGGCGCCCCCCAACACCUGAAGGGGAGAGUCCCAGAGGUUGUGUCCGUCCAGAUUUGAUCCCCUCUCCCUAUCCUGGUCUCCCACUCCGCAGGCCCAGCAAGCCCUGCCAUGUCGCCCUUUCUCCACCUCCAGCCUUGAAAAUGGGUACAAACAGGUCCUCAAACAACCUAAAGAGAGAGGAGCUUCAGGGGUUCAAUCCACAUCCCAGCGGGUGGGAGAAGUGGAGGCUAAGCUUUGCUGUGGGCGGGGACACACCUCUAGUGGGGCGUUGCGAGCGCGAGGAGGGGCGGAAGCCCCUGGUUCUGCUCCCCGGGGUUAAAGGCCGGAGAGAACUUGGCUCAGCCCUUCCGUGCCAGCGCCCCAGGGUUAACCCCAGCAGGUUCGGGGUGCGGGCACGAAAGGGUGUGAAGGAGAUACACAGCUCUCCAUACACUGGAGAGCUCGGCAAGGAAAGGAGGGGGCGAGGCAAGGCAGGAACCGCCUCCCCGGCCCGCGUGCACACACGCGCCCACCGCGGCUGGGGCUGGCUGAGCGCAGGCGAGUGUGAGCGCGGGCGAGUGUGAGCGCGAGUGUGCGCACAACCGCGGAGAGCCUCUGCCCUCGCCUCUCACCCUGCUCAGGGCAUCUGGAGAGCCUGGAAACCUGAACAGGCUUAAAGUAUGGCAUGUUGCAAAGAUGGUUUCUGCCAAGAAGGUACCCGCGAUCGCGACGUCCUUCGGGGCCAGUUUCGCCCUCCUGCACUUCCUGUGCCUGGCGGCUUGUUUAAACGAAUCCCCAGGACAGAACCAAAAGGAGGAGAAAUUAUGCCCGGAAAAUUUUACCCGCAUCCUGGACAGUUUACUCGAUGGUUAUGACAACAGGCUGCGUCCUGGAUUUGGGGGUCCUGUUACAGAAGUGAAAACUGACAUAUAUGUCACUAGCUUUGGACCUGUUUCUGAUGUUGAAAUGGAAUACACAAUGGAUGUGUUCUUCAGACAGACAUGGAUUGACAAAAGACUAAAAUAUGAUGGCCCCAUUGAAAUUCUGAGAUUGAACAAUAUGAUGGUAACAAAAGUAUGGACUCCUGAUACUUUCUUCAGGAAUGGAAAGAAAUCUGUCUCACAUAAUAUGACAGCUCCAAAUAAGCUUUUUAGAAUUAUGAGAAAUGGCACUAUUUUAUACACAAUGAGACUCACCAUAAGUGCAGAGUGUCCCAUGAGAUUGGUGGAUUUCCCCAUGGAUGGUCAUGCAUGCCCUUUGAAAUUUGGGAGUUAUGCCUAUCCGAAGAGUGAGAUGAUUUAUACGUGGACAAAAGGUCCUGAGAAAUCAGUAGAAGUUCCAAAGGAGUCUUCAAGCUUAGUUCAGUAUGACUUGAUUGGGCAAACAGUAUCAAGUGAAACUAUCAAAUCCAUCACAGGUGAAUAUAUCGUUAUGACAGUUUACUUUCACCUCAGACGGAAGAUGGGUUAUUUUAUGAUUCAGACGUACAUUCCAUGUAUUAUGACAGUAAUUCUUUCUCAAGUUUCAUUCUGGAUAAAUAAGGAAUCAGUUCCAGCUAGGACUGUAUUCGGAAUAACCACAGUCCUCACCAUGACCACACUGAGCAUCAGUGCACGGCAUUCUUUGCCCAAAGUGUCCUAUGCGACUGCCAUGGAUUGGUUCAUAGCUGUCUGCUUUGCUUUUGUGUUUUCGGCCCUUAUUGAGUUUGCUGCUGUCAACUACUUUACCAAUGUUCAAAUGGAAAAAGCCAAAAGGAAGACAUCAAAAGCCCCCCAGGAAAUUCCAGCUGCUCCAGUGCUGAGAGAAAAGCAUCCUGAAGCACCUCUGCAGAAUUCAAAUGCCAAUCUGAACAUGAGAAAAAGAGCCAAUGCCUUGGUUCACUCUGAAUCUGAUGUUGGCAACAGAACUGAGGUGGGAAACCAUUCGAGCAAGUCUUCCAUGGUUGUUCAAGGAUCUUCUGAAGCUACACCACAGUCUUACUUAGCUUCCAGUCCAAACCCAUUCAGCCAUGCGAAUGCAGCUGAAACUAUAUCCGCCGCAAGAGCAAUUCCACCUGCUUCUCCUUCUCCACCUAGUAGAACUGGGUACGUGCCCCACAAAGUUCCAGUUGGAUCUGCUUCUACCCAGCAUGUGUUUGGAUCAAGACUGGAGCGAAUUAAGACCACAGUUAAUAGCAUAGGGGCUUCUGGGAAGUUGUCAGCCACUACUGCUCCCUCGGCUCCACCACCUUCUGGAUCUGGCACAAGUAAAAUAGACAAAUAUGCCCGCAUUCUCUUUCCAGUAACAUUUGGGGCUUUUAAUAUGGUCUAUUGGGUUGUUUACUUAUCUAAGGACACUAUGGAAAAAUCAGAAAGUCUCAUGUAAUUUUGUUGCUAUAAUAGUUUCCUAAAAGAUGAUGAACUUCAUGCACAAUGUCUUUUUAAAUGUUUUUAAAGAUAAACAGUUGUUCUUCACUAAAAUAAAAAUUCCAUGUAAGUUUUCCAUUUAAAAAAUUCAAACCAGUCAUUGGGAGAGUUAAUUAAUUCCUCAGUGAAGGGAAAGUGAGCCAUCUUUCAUUUCAGAAAGAUGAUUUAAAUAGAAUCAAUUCAACAUUCAAAUUAGACAGGAUGCAGACCAUCCUGGAAAGUUGGGACAAGAAAAAUAGGGCUAUUAGAGAUCCAUGGUGCAUAUUUAUGCAUUGAAAUUUGAAAACAGACUAUGACAUUUUCUAAUACACACUAUGAAUAUCAACCAGCCACCCUAAAUUUCCCAGUGGCACUGCCCUUAAUCAGAAUUAUCGGAUAUGAUAUGCGGUGACCUUUGGAGAUCCUCUUAGUAUCUUCAAGAAAAGGACUUUCCCUGUUAAAUGAGACAUUUUUAAAAGGAAAAUGGAACACAACAAAUACUGACCAAUAGAGUGAAACCUCUGCUGCAACAAAGACAGAGACCAGGGAAAAUGUGUUCCCUGCAUGUUGGCCAAACAGGACUUAACAGUUGACUUGAAAAUUUGUGCUUUGAGCCAAAGUUUAACUUAUUGUAUGAAUUCCUUUUGAUAAUAGUUCAUUCAGUUAUGUAUUCUUUCAACAUACAGUUACUCAGAGCCUACCACGUUCCAGGCACUAUGCUAGACACUGUCUCUCUAGAUAAGCUUAUUCACCUUUACCUGCAAUGUUAACUCAAAUAGUAGAACAGUCAAUGCAUGCUAAUGAACCAUCAACUAGCAGCAGACACUGCAUUCUUUAAUGGAGGAAAUUUAUUUAGAGUCCGAUGACAUAUUCAAAAUAUUUGUUUCUCCUAUAUUGAUAGAGGAUAACAAGCGUAUUCUUCAUAUAGCCACUUUUGAGAUUAGUACACAUUAGCACAACUUCAGCAGUUGACUUCAGAGUAUAAUGAAAAUGUGGUACAGAUUGUUCUCUAAGUGAAAAGCACUGUGUACCUCAAAGUAGAAAUCUGGGCACUGUAAGACCUUAUAGAUUACCUGUCUCAAAUUUGAUCGGAAUCAGAAUAUAAUUUGAUCAGAAUCACAGAAUCAUCAGAAUUAGGAAUCCAGUACAGGCUUUUUAGAUGCUUUUUCCAACAUAGAUCUAUAUCAACUGGUGAAAUGCUAAGCUUCUAGGGAGUUUUUGUGUCCAUAGUUUUGUAUUUCUGGGCAGUUCUGUGUUUAUUUUGGAGGGGGGAGUUUUUGUAUAGUUUCAUAAUGAAGGUGAGUAUUUUAAAAGAACAGCAAAGGACUGGAGUAAAGAAAAAAAAAAAUUAUAGCCGGGGCAUAGAAUACUGCUGACUCUGUUAUGCAAUUUAUCAGGAUUUUCAUGAGCUGAGUUUUCUUUUUCAUUAGGUAGGCUUAACAACUUAAUUGAAUUUCUUGCAGCAGUCCUAGGCCACUAAAUCUGGGUCUAGUGUUUUACUGUGUUACUUCCAAGAUUUUUCUUCUGUACUUCUCUCUUCCUGAUCUGGGGUAUGUGAAUGAAUGUGUUCUGGAUGUUUGGGGAACAUUUUGAUGGAAAUGGCCACCUUGCAAACAGGAUCUCUUUUUUUUUAGAAAAGAAAUGAUAUUAAUUAAUCGGCAUUAGUUUUUUAGUUGUUGCAUUGCCUUGGAAUGGUUGUAUAUGAGACCUGAAAAGUGUGCAAACGCCAAAUAUUAAUUGUGGGUCAUAUCUGAGAAUUCCUUCUUGGCUAUGUCUCUAGGUAUUUCUUAGAGUCAUCAGUAAUUUUAAGGCUGAAGAAUACUUUAGAAAUCAUCCAAUCCAAACCCCUCAUUUACAAAUUGAUGCCAGUAAUAUGAAGCCCAGUAAAAUUUGUAUAUAUGUAUAUAUUUAAUAAAGAGUACUUAUACAAAAAA